CUAACAAACAAUAUAUUAAAGACAUAAUUAAUUUAUAAAAUCAAACAAAUACUCAAAACAAAUAUAGAGACACUCCAACACACAAAAUAUUAAAUAACAAUAACUACUACUGGUUGUUAUUCACACAUAUAGAACCUCUCAAAAAAACAUAUAGACACACAAAAAUAUAUUGCGUGCACUCUUUCUUUUUUUUUUUUUUUUCUCACACCGCUCACUCACUCAAAAAAAAAAACAAACAAAUAAACACUCACAAAUAACACACAUUCAAAAAAAAAAAAUAAACAAAAGAAAAAAAUAGAUAGAUUUUUAAAAUAUAAUUAUUUUUAUUUUUAAAAUUUUUUAUAUAAAUAACAUUUUAAAAAAAAAAAAAAAAAAAAGAUAAAUUUAUUUAAACAAAGCAAAAUAAAAUUUUAAAAAUAAAAUAUAUAUUUUAAAUAAUUUAAAAAAUGGAUAUUUUAUAUAGUUAUAAUAGUUUUAAUAAAAAAAGAAAUUUCACAAUUUUAGAAGAAUUACCAUACGAUGUAUUAUUACAAAUUUUGUCAUUUUUAAACCCAAGCGAAUUAUGUACAUUAGGAUUGGUAUGCAGAGAUUUCAAACAAUUGGCUGACGAUGAUUGGAUAUGGAGAGGAUUUUACCCAAUUUUAAAAUUCAAUUUUUGUUUUCAUUUCCAAAUGAAUCACUAUCCAAGAAUAUUAGAAUCACAAAAUGCCAAACGAGUAUAUAUUAACGAAAGUAGAUUAACCAAAUCAGCAUCAAAGUUUAUUGGUGUGUGGAGUGAAAAAUGGUGUGAUGUCGAUGUAUUAAACUCAACUAAAAUUUCAUUCAAUGGUGAACAAUUUAUGGUUGAAUACACAAAGAAUAAAUUUGAAGCCGAGUUUCAAAGCUUUGAUGGCAACACACUGAAAUUUAAAUUAACUGGUGGUGAUAGUGGUUGGUCAUUUUUAUAUACUUUAUCAUGCUUUGAAAAGCAAAAUCAACAAAAUCAAAAUAAUAAUAUAAUAACUACAAGUAAUGGAAAUCAUAACCAACUUUUUAAUCAUCAUCAAAAAUACUAUCAAUUCAAUCAAAACCAAAAUUGUAAUAAUAAUAAUAGUAAUAUUUAUUUUAAUAGUGUUCACAACAAUCAUUAUUUAAAUAGCAAUUCUGUGGACGAAUCAAGUAAUCAAGAAGAGGUCUUACAUCUCCAUGUUUUAAGACUACACGACAAGGUUGAGUUUUCAGGAAUGUUUUGUUCAUCAAUUAGUGGAAAUAUAACCCACCCACACCACUUUAGAAAUAAAAGUGACUUUCAAUUAUAUUUAAUGAGACAAGAGAUUCAACAACUUAGAAUUCAACACCAACAACAACAAGAAAUAAUUAACUCAAUCCAAAGAAUUAAUGAAAAUGAUAUAACACAUCAGAAUAACAAUAACGAAAAUAAUAAUAGUAGUUGCAGUGAUUCAAGAAAGCACAGCAGGGUAUAUGCAUAUUAAAAAAAAAAAAAAAUGAAAAGGGGUAAAAUUGUAUAUAUUAUUUUUAUUUAUAUAUAAUUUAAUGUUACAAUAUCCUUAAUGGUACAUUAUUUAAUUUUUUUUUUUCUUUUUAAAUUGUAUUUUUAAAUUAAAAAAAAUAUUUUACGAAUAAAUAAUAAUAAUAAAAUUGUAAUAUUAAAAUUUAAAUAAAAAUAAUUUAAAAUAAUCCAAAAAAUCUAAUCAAA